CUCACACGCACGUGAUCUAAUGACGUCAGCUCGUGUUGGAGAGUGCAAGCCGUAUCAAUUCGACUUUGCUGCGCAUUUUAGUAGUAGAGUACACGUACAUACAUGCUGCAAGCCCUUGGCUACCAUGUAUCUAAUUGCAAUUUGCAAUUCUAGUGCGCAUGCGUCGAUCACUACUGCAGACGUCAAGUAAAUGAUGGAUACGAGAUCGAGAAAGUCGAAGAGCUGCACGGUUGUCGGAGGGUGCGGCUUUCUGGGACGCUACCUGGUGGAGGGUCUGUUGGACAAAGGAUACAGGGUCAACAUCUUUGACAUACGCAAAACGUUCAGCGAUGAUCGGGUCUCAUUCUUCGUAGGUGACUUAUGUACAAAAGAGGAUCUAUUACCAGCGAUUACUGAUGUUGGUGUGGUUUUUCAUUGUGCAUCUCCUCCACCUGCCAGCAAUGACCGGGCACUCUUUCAUCGUGUCAACUACUCCGGUACCAAGAAUCUGAUUGCAUGCUGUAGAGAAGCAGGAGUGCCUAAGCUAGUGCUGACAAGUAGUGCAAGUGUCGUCUACGAGGGGACAGACAUUGAGAAUGGUACAGAAACAGUCCCUUAUGCAAGAAAACCGAUUGACUAUUACACAGAGACAAAAAUUUUACAAGAGAAGGAGGUGCUAGCUGUUAAUGGGAUGUCUAUAACAAGUGACAGUGCACAGCAGCUGUUGACUGUUGCCAUACGGCCUCAUGGCAUCUUUGGUCCUCGGGAUCCACAAUUAGUUAAGAAAAUGGCUGAAAUGGCUCGCGAUGGGAAGAUGAAAUUUAUCAUUGGAAAUGGGAAGAACCUUGUGGAUUUCACAUAUGUUGAAAAUGUUGUUCAUGGCCACAUCCUGGCUGCUGAGGCUUUACGUGUGGGAGGUCCUGUCUGCGGUCAGGCUUUCAACAUCACCAACGAUGAGCCUAUGCCGUUCUGGACUUUUGUAUCUCAAGUUUGCACUGGACUUGGCUAUCCAGCUCCACGUUAUCAUCUUCCAUAUCUAUUAGUCUAUUUCAUUGCUCUCGUACUUCACUUCAUCUCACUGCUCAUUAGACCGGUCAAGAAUAUUGAAUUUUCCUUGUCACCAAUGAAAGUAGCAUUAGCUGGAACGCAUCACUACUACAGUUGUCAGAAAGCCAAAGAUGAACUCAGCUACAGACCGUUAGUUCCAAUGGACAAUGCCUUGGAGAAGACACUAGAAUCAUUUAGUGAAAUGAGAGCAGAAACAAAGUGAUAGUACAUAUAAUUUCUGCAUUAGCUAUUGCAGUACUUUGAUCAAUGAGUGAAAAGAAUUGUGUAAACAUA